CUCCGCCCGCCUCUCCCACCGCCCCUCCGGCGAGCCCAGCUGGGGAAGGCCAGUCGAGGCCCGGCGCUGCGGAGCUUGGCUUCUCUCGCUGCCAGGUCCGGUCUCAGUCCGCUGCAACCCGCUCCGCCAUGGAGCCGGCCCCCGACGCCGCGGAAGCAUGCACGGUGCGCGAGGCUCUGGGCCGUUACGAGGCGGCGCUGGAGGGCGCGGUGCGCGCGCUGCACGAGGACAUGCAGGGGCUGCAGCGCGGUGUGGAGCGGCGCGUGGCCGAGGCGCUGCGCCUGGCCGGCCCGCUGGCGCGCACGGUGGCCGAGCUGCAGCGCGACAACCAGAGGCUGCAGGCGCAGCUCGAGCGCUUGACGCGCCAGGUGGAGGCACUGGGCUUGGCGACCGGGCUGUCCCCUGCGCCCGGGACACCAGGCACGCCCAGCCCUCCGCCCGCGCCCGGUGUUCGGGACCGAGCGCCCCGCCUGGGCACCGCACGCUUCGCCAGCCAUGCCACCUUCUCGCUGUCCGGCCGCAGCCAGAGUGUGGAUCAUCGUGAUGAAGCCAGCGAGUCAGAGAUGAGAAGGACCUCCAACCCAUGCAUUAUUGAGAAUGGACACCAACCAGGGACAGGUCCAGGUGACGGACCCCCUGAAGCCGCCCAGCCUUUCCCAGCUCCAGAGCCGCCCAAGCCUCGCCCUGCGAGCCUCCCCUUGCGGCUGCCCCACCAGCCGGUCACGGCCAUCACGCGGGUCUCCGAGAGGUUUUCUGGGGAGACCUCGACCACAGGUCUCUCGCCCACGUCUGCCACCAUCCUGGGGGGCCUCAGCUCGAGCCCCAGCGACACCAGCACACCCUGGACUCCCAGUUCCACUGAGAAGAAUUCUUCUCUCCCACUGUCUUUGUUGGGCUCUGGCUAUGGGGCAGUGACAGCAGGCAGAAACAAUGACAGCCCAGCUCUAGUAACGCCUCCCCAGUCGCCCCCGUCCCCACAGCCGCCAGCCACCGCUCAGGCCCAUCGCCAGGGGGAGCGCCGCCGGGAGCUGGUGAGGUCACAGACGCUGCCUCGCACCUCCAGUGCUCAGGCUCGGAAGGCCUUGUUUGAGAAGUGGGAGCAGGAUACAGCGGGCAAGGGGAAAGGCGAGGCCCGGGCCAAGCUGAAGCGCUCCCAGAGCUUCGGGGUAGCCAGCGCUAGCAGCAUCAAGCAGAUCUUGCUUGAAUGGUGCCGCAGCAAGACACUUGGUUACCAGCACGUGGACCUGCAGAACUUCUCCUCCAGCUGGAGUGAUGGGAUGGCCUUCUGUGCCCUGGUGCACUCGUUCUUCCCUGAUGCCUUCGACUACAGCACCCUGAGCCCCACGCAACGGCAGAAGAACUUCGAGCUGGCCUUCACCAUGGCAGAGAACCUGGCUAACUGCGAACGCCUCAUCGAAGUGGAUGACAUGAUGGUGAUGGGCCGCAAGCCAGACCCCAUGUGUGUCUUCACUUACGUCCAGUCGCUGUACAACCACCUGCGUCGCUUUGAGUGAAGCCCUUUGGGCCUGGCGCGCCACCAUUGCAAGCCCAGGAGGAGACUGUGGGGCCCCCUGGCUUCCCCGAGUCAGGAGGGCCCGAGAAGAGUUGCGUUUUGGUGUGAGCGCUGUUUGUUCUGUGGUGUGUGACGACGCUGCGGUCCUGCCCAGCUGUGUUACUGAGUAAAGCACUGCUGCGCUGCCUGCGCCCCCACUGUGUUGAUCACAGCCAGGGCUCGAAGGAAAAGGAAAAAUUACCAGAGAGAGAGAGAGAGAGAGAGAGAGAGAGAGAGAGAGAGAGAGAGAAAUUGGUGCUAAGUAAUUAUCUUCCUUAAAAAAAUGCUUGUCUGUAGAUCCUGGAAUGCUAAAUCACAAUUUUCCCUCUGGUGAAUCUGAACCAUUGGUUUCACAGGGUUACACUGAUUACCAAAUUUUUUUUUUUUUUUUUAAAU